AUGUGUGCAGAUCUCUCAACUUCCAUGGAAUGGCGACCGGAGGCAUUCGAAAGCAGACCGUCAUUAUGGAAAUUUAUCGAGGAAUACGUUCCUGAAAGUGAGCGAAUCGAGAUCAAAGAAGCUUUGGGAGAAGAUCUUGUGGAUGAGACCUUGGAUUUACACAAUGAGGUCGGUUAUAUUUACAUGUACAUGUAUGUAUGUUGACGUUUAUGUCAGAUAAUAUCAUGCAUUAUCAAUCAGCUAUUGACUUCAGUCAAUAAAGUCGAUAAAAAUCAAUAGAUACAUAUUGAUGAUUAUUGUUUGAUCUAAAAAGUCAAUAUAAAUCGAUAAUCAUCCUUAAACUCUUCUUUAUUUCGUUGUGUGUUAUUGCUUUAUAUUGAUCGAUAAUCACUAUGGUACUGGACGGUUACUACUGCCUAAGUAGUGCACAUCACUGCGAGGAUCACUUUCAUUCAAAUUAUGGUACUGUUGUGUGAUAGUUAAAUCCCCUUACAGUUGAUGACUACAGUGAUGAUGAUUAAGUGUAAGCAUGCUCAAAAAAUGAAUGUCAGUAUUUCGAGGCUUCAAAGGAUAACAGUCAACCAAUUAUAAAUGUUAUCGCAAAGUGCUUUGUUUCCUGCUGUGAUUGCAGGAUGGAAAAUUAAAAGAGGAGAGAAUGCAGGAAUAAACUCUCUAUUGAAGACAGGGGCCAUUUAUUUUUGCCACUGGUUGUUUCUCUAUCAGCUAAACUUUUGAGUUAACAAUUACAUUGACACAAGGUCUUUCCUCUAACUUUUCUUUGGUCUGUUUUGGUAAUCUUAUCCUUACUGAUUUACUGUUGUAAGUUAUCUGUAAUUUGGUGCAUGCAAAUAAGGAAACUUUCCUCGUUUUCUUGAAACCUUUCUACAUCACAGGCAUCCCAAGCUCAUGUCUCGAUAAUAGCAAGAGGUUAAUUCAUGAAAGGGUCAUGUAUUGUGUGGCACAGUGUUAGGUUGCUUGAGGUACCAUUGAGAAUUUGAAGGCCUCAUAAGGAAUAGUAUGGGUAAAGAAAUCUGGUUGAUUUAUAAGGCUAAAUAUUCCAAAAUUCAAACAUUUUACCUGUAAGAUUGAUAAAAGUUACUCACUCCUUGUGUGUCUGUUGUGUUUUCUGGCAUUCUCUGCUGUUUUAAGCAUGCUUUGCCAUCACUGUUAUUCCUGUUAUCAAUAAAGGGCAAAAUUACUGAGCGCUGAUUGGUUGAGAGAGAGGACAUUUUUUCUUAAUCGAGGGCAUUUUUAGUAAUCAAGAGAGGGCAUGAUUACCUGUUAAUGAUUGGCUAAUCCGUUGCAUAGCAACCGUUCGUUAUCUUGAAAUUUGUUAAAAAUAGACUGCGCGCAUGAUUUUCCUUCGUGCCCUUAAUUGAUAAACAAGUAAUCCCAUGAGACCUCGUACUAUUAAGGAUUAAUUGCACUUGAGUUUUCAAAAUUUUCCAAAUUGCCCUCGUCGCUUUGCGACUCGGGCAAUUUUGGAAAAUUUUGAAAAUUCUCGUGCAAUUAAUCCUUAAUAGUACUUGGCCUCAUGUGAUUACCAAUACUUAUAAGACAGGGUCAGGGCUGCACACUAUGAUUUCAACUGUUGUCCAUGUGGAGAUGGAUUGCACCCAAAUAAUCCUUCCAAACAGCAAUUUUUUCACCCAAAGUUUACACUCUAAGACCACAUUGAACCCUGGAAAAAUGCUGAAAACAAGCAUUUUCUACCAGAAUUUCCAAGUUAGCCCAUCAAAUUCUCAACAGUUUCUUGCAUAACUUAACACUGGGUAACACAACAUGUGAUGCUUUCAUGAAAUAAUCUUUUGCUCUUCUCAAGACGUGAGCUUGGGACACCCACAUCUACAUCACAAUUUUCUUGCCAACAAUGACAAAUUUCACUGUUGAUGUCUCUGCAAGGAAAUGAGAACUUUGUUAGAACAUAAAUGUGUCAAUGUUUUGUAGAUUUUUGAUGGGAAAGAACCCUUUGGGCAAAAAGUUUUGUAGAACAGCUACAUGUAGCUACACCAUCAAGUUGAAUUGUACAAUUUCUCAUUAUAACUGUCACAUUUCCUCAAAUCUUUGCUUCUUUAGGUACUAGAAAUCACAGGAAAAUGUUGCUUAAGGGAAUGCCAUCACUUUCUUUUGUGUUUCUUUUGUACACAAUAUCACCUUCUAUUUUGUGAUAUUUUCAAGGGAUAGCCAUUGUACGCAGGUGUCUCACAGUAGCCUAGAUGUAGCUGCACCAUCUCCUCCCCAAGGCAAAAUGGAAGUGAGGGAGGGGAGGGUACAGCUACACCUAGGUUAGUCUUGCAGCAACAACUCCCAGCUCCUGCACACAUAUAGCUACCUUCUGACAGAAGAAAAAAGUAAUUAACUUACAUUAAUAACUACCAGUUAAAUAAUGAAAGAAUGGUCUGUUAAUAUUUUAAUAUAGGCCUCCACCCUUCUUGAAAUCUGGCAAGAUUACAGGGAAGAAACAGAGAAAGAAGAGAGAGGUUCCUUUUCUUUUUUGUAUUUUAGUUAUUAUUAUUUAAAUAAUUACCAUGUUUUGGUUACACACAACUGUUGUAAAAAUUUGUUUGUCACAUGUUAUAUACAAAAUCAAGAUAGUUAUAGAUAUUCAUUGAUUUUAGGUUUAAAUAAUUGGCAGUUUCAUAAAAAUGAUGAUCAAUAGCAAAGCACUUUCAGAACAUCCUUGAAAGGUGCUAGGGGAAAGGUUCCUCUUGAAUUGAUUCUUAUUUUUUUCAAUUUAGAAGCCCAAUAUGCACACCUUUAUCUACAAUGUAAUGUAACUUUAUUUAAGUAACCAUCAGUGUAGGGCUCUGACUAGUUAUUCUAUGUUUAUAAUAUUAAGGGCAUUCUUGAAGUGUACUUUUGAUUACACCAUAAUGGUUGCCCAAACUUGUAGUAAUUAUCAUGUUCCAUUCAUGUUUUAAAUCUGCAUUUGAUAGUUCAUGGUAUUAGAGGCUUAAUUUUCCACACUGCUCAAUAAUGAACAAUCAUUUACUAGAAGCAGACAAAGAGCAACUAUAAUUGUUAGCAAAUGUUUCCACCCAUUUGUUGAUGAAAUGGAUUAUUGACAUAAUUAUUACGUGACAUCUUUUUUCAACUCUGUGAUGGCUGAGUAUUGAGCAUGUACAAAUAUGUUUCAGUUAAUGAGUUUGUUCCACAUGAUGACUGUAUUCAUUUGUUAAAAAAGAGAUCGUCAAGAUUCUCUGAUUUGUAUCACUGUUAAGCAACUACAGUGAUUUGGCUUUCAUAAUUUUGAAGGGUCUUUCCGGUACAAUGUCUUAAAAAUGACAAAUGGCAAUCAACUUUUUGGAAUUGGCUACCAUUUAAAAAUAUCUAGGAGCCAACUGGCUAUUAAAAAAAAAAAAAUUAAUUUUACGUCCUGUAUUCAAGAUAGGUAUGAACAAAACAUUGUACUGAAAUAAACUUGUUUAUGGUACUUUGUUGCCAAUACAACAGUCAAAAUAUCACUCUAAUAAUCCAGUACUGUAUUUCAGUUUCCAGUUUGAUGGGGUAUUCUUAGACUAGUAACUUUAAAAGGGACACAUUGUAGACCAAGCCCUUUCCCAAACAUUAUCUUGUCUCCCAAUUAAAUUGCUCUGGUCUUGCUCUUUUGAUGAGUACUGCUUUCAUUUUGACAGAGAAAGCCUUGCAAAGACAUUUACAUAGACUUCCUGAGCCUCCAAUGAUAAGAGAAAAUCUCAAGAAAGAGAUUAAAAUGUUUGUGGAAAUGUUGCAGCAGAAAGCAAAAGAGGAAGGAAGGUAUAGUGUAAACUGUAAAGUUUCAUUUAGUAAUGACAUGCUGGUUGUCACUUGUUAGAACAAAGAUGUGCACGGAUUGAAGCAUGUGUUUCCUAAAACUUUGUAUCCUAUCCUGCAUUAUAACUGCGUCUGAAGAUUUAUGUGGUCUAAAAUUUGUCAUAAGCUAGUUGUCAACACCUUCCAGUUUGAAAAUUUUUUAAAGUUUGUAAAGACAUUGUAAUCUUACCAAGAUUUUGUGAUACUUCCUUGUUAAUCAUAUUUUUUAGAACGUGUUUUCACUCUGUGAAAUUUAAAGUUAGUAGUUGGCUAAUGAGCAAGGGUGAUAGUUAUUGUGUAAAGUUGAAUUUUUUUUUGGUACCAACUUGAAGCUGCUAAAAAUAACUACAUAUCUAGAUAUUUUACAGCUGCCUAACAUUGGAAAAUGUUAAAAAAUUCUUGAAGGGUAUAAAUACAGCUACCUAGGCAUGUUCAUUUAGAAAUUAAAACAAACAACUAGAAAGGCAGAAGAGAAAUUUGACCUUCUUGCGGCAACUACAGCAACAGAAGGACCCAUUUUGUUUGACAUGAUUUAAAUCUUAUGAUUUGACAUAACUCAUUUUAUUUGUCAAUUUAACUCCCAUGAGUGAUCAAGAUAGAAUUUCUCCUCACAAUAUCAAUACAAUAUCAAGCAUACAAGUGAUGAGAAUAAAGAAAAAUAUAAAUUAAGGGAAAAUGAGUUGAUCCAACACCAAAUUCUCCCAACAAACAUCAUGAGAACUGUAUGGCAGAUAGUAAGGAGAAUAACUAAUGAGAUCUUGGGAGUUAAAGUGUUAACUUAACAAUUUGCUCUUUGUAGGAAUCCAUCAAACAUUUUGAGUGAGAAGGAGUCUGAUAUCGUGGAAUAUGUGUUUGACAAUACAGGUAAGUUCAACAUGAUGUUUAGCUUAAAACCAGAUAGUUUGCUUGAAAAAAAGUAUUUCACUUGGUCUACGUAGUAUAAUACAUGUACCUUAAUUUAUCACUUUCCUAAUUUCAACCACACUGUUUUUAAAUUUAGGCACAUGCAUGACUGUAAUUUAAUAAUUUUCUGUGCAUAAUUUGCAAUUUACACAACAUCCAAAGAAAUUGUAUUUUUCAUCCAAUUAUUUGCCAUUCAUUAUUUUUUCUCACUUCCAUCAUGAUUGGAACAAAGGGCAAUUGAAUUGCACGAUUAUGUUCAUAAAGUGGGUACAUUUCUAAAGAAACUGGUGCUGUGUCAGCCACUGUAAAGAGUUUCAAAGCUGACAUUUUGCAUGUUAGCCCUUUGUCAGAGCAAAUGACAUUACAUCACCUACCCAGUUGACAAAACCAAAAUUGUCUUACAAUUAUGUUAGACUGAUGUGGGUUCUUUGUUCUUAUUAACAGCUGCUCGACCCUCCAGCUCAUCAAGUCGACCAUCCACUGCUCAUUCAUCUAGAGAUGGACGACAAACCCCAAUGAGGGCAACACCCAGUAGUGAUGGUAGCAGGUGAAGAUGUAAAUUGGUGUAAUGCUGUUUGCUUCUGUCCAUGAGCUUAUGCGCUAAAUGUAGCACACAACAAUUAAAAUGAUUUUUCUUGUUUUGCCAAACAAUAUAAUGUAUUUAAUGAUUUUUUUUCUUUGGUUUAGGUGUGCUUCCUCUCUUAGCGAUCAUCUUGAGUCCAUGAAUGACAAGCUGAAUGCACUGGAAAUUGAUAGAAUUACCCAUCAUUUAAGGUACUUACUGUCUUACUGCCAGAUAGCAGUGAGUCCAUUUCAUAUGCGUUAUGUCAAAUUUUCAGAUAUCAUCUUGAUUGGUACAGGAAAGCACUCAUACUUGUAUAUUAUUAUUGCCACAUGUGGAUAUAACUUUAACGCAUGCUAUUGUUGACUACAAUUGUAGUUCUGAGUCUGUUUUCCCUCUCCAAAGGUUUUUUUCUCAUGUUACUAUGAAACUUAAAAUGCAAAGUACAGAAAAGAGUGGGAGAAAAUUUCUCAUAACCACGAGGCAAUAAGAUGCAAAAAUAGACCCAUAUGUGAUUUAUCUAUAAUAUCUUUCUCACACAUGCAACCAGUUAUUAACACACUGGCCCAGUGACCUUGUGAUUUUGCCCUUUGUUCUUAAUCACUUUGAUUACUUUGGCAGCAUUAUUUCCAAGCUAUUUACUUUAAAAGGGAAAAAACAGUCUCUGGUUUCAGAUGCAACUACUUUAAUUUUUUGCCUUGUUUUAAUCCAUUAAUAUUUCUUGUGUGCAUUUUCAAAUUGUAGGCAGUUAUUAGAAGAAGAGAAAGAAGGUCUCCUUGGAGACAUAGCAUUUUUGCAGGUACAACUGAUGUGCCCUAUCAUGUAGUGAUACUUAACCCUGUAACUCCCAUGGGUGAUCAAGACAGAAUUUCUCCUUACAAUGUCAAUACAAUAUCAUGCAGACAAGUAAUGAGAAUAAAGAAAAAUAUCAAUUAUAGGAUUAAUAAUUGAUCCAGUACCAAAUUCUACAACCUGCAAAAAUGAGAAUUGUUUGGCAGACAGUAAGGAGAAUUACUAAUUAGAUCUUGGGAGUGAAAGGGUUAAGAGAGCAGAUGGUGCUGACAGUGAAGCCAGUGCUCACUUUCUCCUGCUGUGUUCUGAGUUUAUGAAUUCCAUAUUUUAGUUUAAGUUGGAUGAUUUUUACCCUGGCCUCUUGCUUACCAGUUUCCUUCUGCAAAGGCUAUUAAAUACUCCAAAUUUCAAUUAGUCAGGAAUUAUGGGGAUAUACACUACUAACUUGCAUUAAUUUUUUUACAUUUAUAACAAGUAUUUUUCAUUUAUUGGGUAGUGAAAAGUUUUGGAAAUCAAAAAAAGAGGAGAGAAAAAAGUGAAGAGGUCUAUAUAAAUGGCAAAAUAAAUUUUUUCAUGUUUAAAAGAAAACACUGUAUAUUGCUAUUCUGUGUAGGUUUUGAUGUUCCUAACUAUUAUAAUUUUAAAAAAUUGUGCAAAUUUUCUAAAAUCGCACAAUUCUUCUUCUUUUGUUUCUCUUGUUUCCUAUUUUUGCAUUGGGUGAAUAUUAGCUCUUAAUUCUCUACAACUGUACAAUAGAACCUCUACAGUUUACCCCCCUUCCCGCCCAGGGGAAGACGACCUAUUCCGACACGUUUUUCUGUUCUAAUGAGCCGUGUGGCUGUUUGAGGAAAAUUUUCCUAGAAAGCUGGCUUUCAUACUCUUUAUGGUGGCCAAUUUACUAUACCAACUCAGUUGAUAAUAUUAAAUUAUCUGUCUAUACUCUCCCACCGACGCAGCACCACAGUUUCUCUAGAAACGAACCCUCUCCUUUCAUAGAGUUUGUCGCCGUACUCUGCUUUUAAAUUAACCUAGUUGGACCUUUCUGUGUGGUUUUUUUAAGGAUUGCCUGAUGGAGGAAUCAGACUAUAGAGGCCAGGUUACAUCGCCGAAUGAACCAGAGCCGUCGUUGAGAGGUAGAAGAAGCUGAAAAGUACUUUGAAUAAAUAAUCACACAGAUAGAGUGUCGUACAACCAAAACCCAAAAUGAUUUACUAUAGGCCAAUCAAAACACCAAGGAAAACAUCACAAGUAACCAAUGCGAACUCAAAGUGAAACCAAGCAAUCGGCAUUAAGCGCGGGAAAACGCGGUUGAAUGGGUGACACGUGAUUUCUUAAACAACCACUGAACGCAGUAAAGCAAAACCAAUGCAAAACCAAUGUCAAACUACAGCAGUCAUAAAAACCCUCACUUUUAACCACCGAUAUAGCUGGGUUCCACACGACUUGACUAAUUUAUUGCGUUUAAAUCAUGCCCAAAUACAGGGUUGUAUGUUCUUUCACAAGUGUUAUUAUUUUUGUUUUAGAUUUGCGUGAUUUGGGAACGAAACUUGAGAAGGAACUUCUCAACAACGUUUCAGCAGUUGCAAGGUAAGCAGUACAAAAUCUGAUUUCUCCUUCUUCGUUUAAACACUUUAUUAAAAGUGAUGUGUUUCCGUAUAAUAUAAGAGUGAGAAGAAAACCUCUAUACAACCACCUUCAAAACCAACUCAGGUGGUUAAAUAACUUUUUCCAUCAUCCUCCAGGCGUCGUUCGUCCAGCGACAGUGUACAUUCUUCACAGUGGGAUAACUUUUGUCUAGUACAAAAUAAUGUAUUUCUCCUUUUCCCGAUGAACAGCUUUACCGUGCUGGUAAAGCACUGUAGAAGAACAUUUCUGAGAAUAAAUGUAAUACAAAUAAAUGCCCCUGUAAUAGUACACCAUAGUGGCAUCAAUUAGAAGUAUAUUCAAGAAAGUUCCAAAGCGUUAAAUCAGAAUGCUACAGUAUCCACAUUUCAUGGCAGAAAUAUCCAAAACUCCCUCCUAAUGUCUCUCUCCGUAACAACGCUGUAACUGCGUAUUUGAGAGCCCCCGCUGGCUAAAUUCCCUAAACGGACGACUAGAGACUAACACCUCUUUAGCUAGGAAAGAACUGAAGGGAAUGUUCCAGGCCUGUGGCCACGGUCAUAUUUUAUCCUCACACUUGUUUUAUAUCGUAGACAACCGCAACGAAGAUUGUCUGACUCCAAGAGACAAUCUUUAUUAGAAGAAAAACCACAAAGAAGACGUGAAUCGACUGAGGCAGAGCCUCAUCCCAUACCCAGACCUCCCCCUUCUUCACAUGACCGACGUUACCAUGGUACAGUACCCAACCGCGUACUAACAAGCAAAAGCUCUGAGAUCAGCGGUGUUCCUCGCGGACAGUUUUCUCCUUCUCCACCAACAUCGGCGAAUCAAAAGAGACUGACGCCCUCUCCACCUACUUCGGCGAAAACUGUUCGGCCAGGUUCGGCUGCGCGGUUUCGGAAAAUGGUCGUUGAUUGUCGCGACAGUGGAAGAUAGGAUGUUGUUCAGGAACUGUGCGAAUCGAGGUUUAUGGCAGAUUUGGCAAUUUUUUUGCCUUUUUUCUGAUCACGAAUUAUCGUCGACGAGUCGUGUGCUUUUUGUUCCAAAUCCAUUUGGACUAACUUGCGUGUUAAGUUUGGAAAAUUUAUAUUCCACGAGUGUUUGUCUAGGAAGGUGCCUCCUUCGGGUGGCGUCUUAACUGCUUCCAGACCAAUGUCAAGCGUUUCUUUAUAAGGAAUUGAAAAGGCACCCACUUAAUGUUGUGCAUAAAGUGGGUGCGUAUUACUAUGUAUUAAAUGUCGCACCUACAAGAAAAUUAAGUGUCGCAUCUACAAAAAAACAACAACAAACAAACAACCGAAAAAGGCACUUUCUCAUGAUUGGUUUGUUUUUAUUUUCCAUCAAAAAUUAAAGAAUCCGUUAGGGUUCCCUGAAGUUCCCUGAUCGCAUGCAGAUCGAGGUGAAUAAUUUCUUUUGGAAAAAAAUUAGAAACUGAAAAGAAAGAAUGUUAUUUAUUUUGCUUUUAACUUGGUAAGAAAUGUACAUACAUUAAAAAGAG